AUGCUGCCUAGGGAUCUUGCAGCCUGCUCGAAGGUAAGCAAGUGGGCAGGGAGGGAGGGAAGGAAGGAAGGAGAGAGAGGAACCAGCUUGCUUGAAGGCAUGGAUGAUGAUGAUUUUCUUUCUGAUGCUGAGUCUGCAAAUGGUGAGAGUGAGGAUGAGUUUACUAUGAACUCUCAACAAGACAACAAUUCUGAUUCUAUGAAUGUUGAUGAGGAUCCAAAUCCUGCAGAUGAUGUUAUUGAUACUGCUGAGAUGCUGAAGACUUUCAAGCAUCUGCAAGAAGCUUUUUCUGGGUUUGCUAAGUUUGUUGACAAGAAAGGGAAAUCAAGACGAUCUGGCAUCUAGACCCGUUCUGAAAAG